UUCCGGCUUCCUUACUGGCGCCGCCCCUGAUGCGCGAGGGCUGUGGCCGCGCGAACGUCCUGCCUGCAAACGCCCACCGCCGUCGAGCAGCAGCGGACAGUGGCGCAUUUCAGCCCGGACGGGACCGCAAAAUGGCGUAUCAGGGCCAGUACCGACCGCCCCAGUUCGGCGCCGCUCCACCGGACCAAGGCUUCCUGUGGAAUAUAUUUCAGAGAGUGGACAAAGACAGGAGCGGUUCAAUAUCUGACACGGAGCUUCAGCAGGCCUUGUCCAACGGUACAUGGACACCUUUUAACCCUGUGACUGUGCGGUCAAUCAUAUCUAUGUUUGAUCGGGACAACAAGGGUGGUGUGAACUUCAACGAGUUUGCGGGAGUUUGGAAGUACAUCACUGACUGGCAGAACAUCUUCCGGACAUAUGACCAAGACAACUCGGGCUUCAUCGACAAAAACGAGCUGAAGCAGGCUCUCACUGGCUUCGGUGAGUGGCCUGACCCAAGCCGCUAUCGCCUCUCUGAACAGUUCUACAACACUCUCAUUCAGAAAUUUGACCGGCAGAAAAAGGGACAGGUGGCUUUUGAUGACUUCAUUCAGUGCUGCAUAGUACUACAGAGGCUGACGGAUGUGUUCCGGCGCUAUGACACGGACCAGGACGGCUGGAUCCAGGUCUCAUAUGAACAGUACCUCACCAUGGUGUUCAACGUCGUAUAGUGUGAGGAAGUUGCACUUGGGCGCACCUGGACACAACAAGCGUGCCAAAGCUGAGACCAGCGUACUCAUCAUCCACUUUCAAAGUUAUUGACCAAAGGGGGACUGUGGUUUGGGACCCUAGGGGAUCAGCCUUUCUAGUGGUUCAAAGAUGUGGUUUCUUAAAGGAAUCACUACAGUAAAUCCGCCAUAUCUGUGCUGAUAUGCACUUAGAUAUGUAAAUGCGUUUGGGGGGGUAUGCAUGCUAGGGGCUCAAAUUUAUGUUCUCGCAUGAAGCGCUAUUCUCUAUCAGUAUCAGUUUUGCUAAUAUAAUGUUUACAAAACGCACUGUGAGGGCAGUUGGGGGUGACUGGCAAGCCCCCUUUGGGGUCCAUGGACGUGUGUUUGUGCCAUAUUUGGGGAAGGACACACUCCGGCCUGCAGGUAACGCUAAUAAAUCACAGGGGGGCAGAAGAAAACAUGCUUUGUGUAGCUUAAUAAGUUUGUGCAUGGUGCCUUAAAGUAUAUACUGCUAAAACAUUUUUUUAUUAAAGAUGAUGUAUUUGGA